AUGUUUAAGGUUAUUUUUCUGCUGACAAUUGUAGCUCUAGUCGUGGAAGCUUAUCACGAUUACAAUGCACAUCCAAAGUACCAUUUCAAGUAUGGAGUGAAGGAUUUCAAAACGGGAGAUCACAAGGGUCAGUGGGAGAAGCGCGAUGGCGAUAAAGUUUAUGGUCAAUAUUUCCUCUACGAACCGGAUGGUACAAAGCGAGUGGUGGACUAUACCGCUGAUGGGUACCAUGGUUUCCGGGCCCACGUGAAACGGAUAGGACACGCCCAUCAUCCACACAUCUAUGGGUAA